UAUCAUAACCCUCCACUUAUACACAUGUUCAUUUUUGGCGACCACUAGAAGGAGAAACAAAUCUUCAUUCCAACAAUGGCGAUUCGUUGUGUAGCGAGUAGAAAAACCCUAGCCGGCUUGAAGGAGACAUCAUCGAGGCUAUUGAGGAUCAGAGGGAUUCAGACUUUUACGCUUCCUGAUCUUCCUUACGAUUAUGGCGCAUUGGAACCGGCCAUUAGUGGAGAGAUCAUGCAGAUUCAUCACCAGAAGCAUCACCAGGCUUAUGUUACUAAUUACAAUAAUGCUCUUGAGCAGCUUGAUCAAGCUGUGAACAAGGGAGAUGCUUCCACUGUUGUUAAGUUGCAGAGCGCCAUCAAAUUCAACGGCGGAGGUCAUGUCAACCAUUCGAUUUUCUGGAAGAACCUUGCUCCUUCCAGUGAAGGUGGUGGAGAGCCACCAAAAGGAUCUCUUGGUAGUGCCAUUGACGCUCACUUUGGCUCCCUUGAAGGUCUGGUGAAAAAGAUGAGUGCUGAGGGUGCUGCAGUGCAAGGCUCAGGAUGGGUGUGGCUCGGACUAGACAAAGAACUGAAGAAGCUAGUUGUUGACACAACUGCCAAUCAGGAUCCAUUAGUGACAAAAGGAGGAAGCUUGGUACCUCUGGUGGGUAUAGAUGUUUGGGAGCACGCCUACUACUUGCAGUACAAAAAUGUGAGGCCUGAGUAUCUGAAGAAUGUAUGGAAAGUGAUCAACUGGAAAUAUGCAAGCGAGGUUUAUGAGAAGGAAAACAACUGAAUCGUUUACACGAUGACAUAAGGAGAUGAACCAGUUCCAGCUCAGCUUUUGUUUUAAGGUUGUCUGAAACAAACUUACAGUGUCUCUUUGGUUUUUAAGAUUUGCUCAACUCAGCUGUGUGGUACGUUGUUUUACAAUGAAAGUUUUCAAGAAUAAAAAUUUGCUAUUAUUGUCAGAAAGCGCUAUUGUUUAUUCUACGAAGAAAACAAAACGGAAUCUUAUUGGUAUAAUAAUUACCUCAUUUCAAUAAAACAAUAACUAAUUUUCUCGUUUUUCACUACUCGACACAUAUAUGACAGGAAUAUUAUAAC